AUGUCUACUCUUCCACCAUCUGACUUGGCUAUAUUUAAAUACUACACAGAAUCGCCACCACCAUCGAAUAAGUACUCUGGCAAGAGAAUCAAGUCAAAUGCGGACUUUGCGAAAUUUUUGUCCAAAGAAGUUUACAACGCCAGGAAGAUGGAACAACAACGUCAAGGUCGCAAGGCCAUGCAGAUGCAUCAGAAUCAAUCGGUCAAAUCCCAGGACAUUUCAUCUGGACACGACAAAGAUCAUAUGCUUAAUCCACCCUGUGAUGAGAUUCGUAAUGAUACAAAGGAGAGUACGAUUAACGAAAUGGGAGAAACAGAGAGAAGAAGUAGAUGGACAAGAGAGCAGAGUGAUGACAGCCCUACUCUUCGUAAACUGUUGUACACUGAUUUGAUAAUAAAGGAGAUGGAAGAACAGGAGAAAAACACGAAAUUUGCCAGUUCUGCUUGGAUUCCCGAUGCAGUUCCUACAAAGAGAUCAAGCAAGAAGCAUCAGGAGAAAGAUGUUAAGUAUACUAUGGCACCGAAAGCAACAAAACAUCGCCAUCAUACAAGAAGAAAUGUCAGAGAUCCUGCAGAAUUCAAAUCACUAGAAGCUCUAAUCGUUUCCAGAAAGAAUCCCAAGCCAGAAGAUUCUGAUCUUAAAAGCGACAAAGGAGAUCAACAAUUCGAUACCUUCGUCAAGAACUCCACACCAGCACUCAGUGAGAUCAAAGCUAGUUUCCAAGCGACAAGAGACAAAGCGACAACAACAAUCAAAAACAGUCAGAUUGCUAGAGCAGAAGCAACUAGAGUCAUCUUGGAAAGUCAGGCUGUCAGAACUAGAAUUGAAAAAGCUCUUGUAAGAAGACACGUCGAAAAAUGUCAUGCGGAGAUUGCUGAGAGUGCUGGACUAUCAAGUACAAAGACUGUGAUUGCUUCUUCAGUUGAUGGUUCUGUUGAGGACAUCCUGGAAAUGGACAAGAACAACAACAAAGAGAUUGCGAAAGAAGCGGUUCAGGAAGCGGUUCAAUCUGCAGAACAAGCUGUCCAGAAGGCUGUCCAAUCCCAAGACACAACAGUUCAACUCUCUGCCGGUUCUCCCCAGACUUCCAACAGUCCCACCAACACGAUGGAAAGCAAUGCGAAGAAUACCAAGGGUGCGGCUGCCACCAAGGUAUCAAAGUAUACAGGAUGUAUGGAUGACUAUAAGAUAGAGUUUGUGACAGAGGCUGAGGAUGAUGCUGAGAAUAAUGCCGAGAAUGCGGAUGCGGAAGAAGAUUGGGUGAAGGUCAUGGAUUACGAUGAGGAUGAGGAUGAGGUUGAAGAAGAUGGCUGGCUCCUUGCAUGA